AUGCUUGGAGAGGCUGUGGUCUGGACGCUUCGGGGGCGGGCUUUCCACCGCUUCAACUGUUUUGCGCCCUGGGAUGCGGUUCCUCCUGUUUCCUCUCCAAGGGAGGCUUAAGGAAGGAAAGGAGCUGGUGGUGGUGGGCGGUGCCGACCCGAUCUGAGACAGCUUGGAAGCCCUGGGCGUUUCGCGAUCUUCCUCUCCGGUGGAGAUGCCCAGGUUGGUGGGCGCCUUCCUGCUCCUCGGCCGCCGCUAUCACAAACCCGGUGGACUUCGCUUCAGGUGUAAUUGCUUCAAGCCCGCAGGAUGGCCAUCCAGUUCCGUUCGCUUUUCCCCUUGGCGUUGCCUGGAAUGCUGGCGCUCCUCGGCUGGUGGUGGUUUUUCUCUCGUAAAAAAGAGCAUAUUAGCAGCCAUGACGAACAGGUGGAGGCCAGUGCCGUGGAGCUGAGGCCGGACCCUGCCCUCAGUGAACCACUCCCUGGGGAAGACGCCUGCCCUGGAGUAGUGUCCACACCCCCCAGCGUCACACAGCCGCCAGAGAAGGAGCUGUCCACCGCGAGCAGUCCUUCCACGGAGCCCCCAGCCUUGCUGCGGGUGCAUCCAGCCUGUCGCAGAUCAGAGUCCUCAGGCAGCCUUCCUAAUGCCACGGACAUGAGAUUUCGACCGGGAAUGCGCAAAGACGACAGUACAAGGGUAGAACUAGCCCUGACGGGUGAUGAAGCCAAGUCUGUUCCUCCAGAGUGUCCCUCUCCAUCCCUGAAGGGUGUUCUGUUCCCCCAUGAAGCAGUUGAGGCAUGUAAGCGAGAGUCCACUUUCAGCAGGACAGCAGGGCGGGGCCAGCAAGGUGGCGCAGCCCCCAAUGAGAAGCUUGGCCUCGGAGAGAAGGCAAGAGAGACAGGCGGGGCUGAAGGCACUGGUGACGCAGUGUUGGGAGAAAACUUGCCGGAAGAAGGUAUGUUGUCCCAGGAGCAUGGCUCUGAAUUGCAGAACGGCAAGGCUCCCCGCCCAGCUCCCUUGGGAGGAGGGGGAGAGGAAGGGAAGAGCAGCCCGCCCCCGCUGGAGGAGGAUGCAGCAGGGAAGUUGUUGAGUAGCUUCGAGUCAGCUCAUGUGGAGCUGGCGAAGGAUGAUGAGACGCCGGCACCCCAGGUCAGAGGUGGCAGAGCUCGGGAUGGAGACUUCACAGGAGAACUGCGCAAAGAAGAGACGUUGGAUAAAAAUGAGAAGAUUGAGCAGGCUGCCUUCGAGAUCAUCUCCAAAGUGAUCGUGGAGGCAACUGAAGAAGUGCUGGCCACCACGAUGGGCAAGAUUGCAGGUCGGGUGUAUCAGGCUUCAGCUGGUCAGCUCCAAGGGCAGAGGGAGGAGAGCUGUGCCCUGGUCAGCCAGAAAACCUCCCUGGGGCAAGAUGCCGGGGAGCCCACUCUGGCCACAGCAGAGGCAGCCACAGGCCCGUCAGACGCUGCCCUGCCCUCUCCAGGCCUGCCGGCAGAGGACCUGUCACCACCAAAGACCUAUGUGAGCUGCCUGACCAGCCCUCUGUCCAGCCCCACCAAGGAUGGGAAGCCAAAGAGCUCCGCAUACCACAUCUCCCUGGCCCCCUGCCCACCAUCGGCCACCCUCCCCAGAGAGUCGCUAGACGAGGCGAAUGUCCUGGUGGAAGAUGCGGGCUGUGUCACCUGCAUGUCCGACAACUGCCAGGGUGGCCCGACUUCAGUGGCCUCCUCUGGGCAGUGCUCAGAUUCUGUCAGCACUUCAGGGCUCGAAGACUCUUGUGCUGAGACCAACUUGAGCCCCAGGGACAAGGCCAUCACCCCGCCGCUGCCAGAAAGUACUGUACCCUUCAGUAAUGGGGUGCUGAAGGGAGAGUUGUCAGACUUGGGGACUGAGGAUGGAUGGCCUGUGGAUGCGGAAGCAGAUCAUUCGGGAGGUUCAGACGGGAACAGCAUGGAUUCGGUGGAUGGCUGCUGCGGCCUCAGGAAGACGGACGGUUUCCAGAAUGCCCAGGCAGGCUCCACUCCUAACAAGGUCGACCUCAUCAUCUGGGAGAUUGAGGUGCCAAAGCACCUAGUCGGUCGGCUAAUUGGCAAGCAGGGACGGUAUGUGAGUUUUCUGAAGCAAACAUCUGGUGCCAAGAUCUACAUCUCAACCCUGCCUUACACCCAGAACAUCCAGAUCUGCCACAUAGAAGGCUCUCAGCAUCACGUAGACAAAGCACUGAACUUGAUUGGGAAGAAGUUCAAGGAACUGAACCUCACCAAUAUCUACGCUCCCCCACUGCCUUCACUGGCACUGCCUUCUCUCCCAAUGACUUCCUGGCUCAUGCUCCCCGACGGCAUCACUGUGGAGGUGAUCGUGGUCAACCAGGUCAAUGCUGGGCACCUGUUUGUGCAGCAGCACACGCACCCUACCUUCCACGCGCUGCGCAGCCUGGACCAGCAGAUGUACCUCUGCUACUCCCAGCCUGGAAUCCCUACCUUGCCCACCCCAGUGGAAAUAACGGUCAUCUGUGCUGCCCCUGGUCUGGAUGGUGCCUGGUGGCGAGCCCAAGUGGUAGCCUCCUACGAGGAGACCAACGAAGUCGAGAUUCGCUACGUGGACUACGGCGGCUAUAAGAGAGUGAAAGUGGACGUGCUCCGGCAAAUCCGGUCUGACUUUGUGACCCUGCCGUUCCAGGGAGCAGAGGUCCUUCUGGACAGCGUGAUGCCCCUGUCAGAUGACGACCACUUUUCACCUGAGGCGGAUGCAGCUAUGAGCGAGAUGACAGGAAACACUGCCCUGCUGGCUCAGGUGACAAGUUACAGCCCGAAUGGCCUUCCUCUGAUUCAGCUAUGGAGUGUGGUUGGAGAUGAAGUGGUGUUGAUAAACCGGUCGCUGGUGGAGCGAGGACUUGCUCAGUGGGUAGACAGCUACUACUCGAGCCUCUGACCCCGUCCUCACAGCCGCUGCUGGAGUCCUUUUUGCACUGUUGAAAUUGGGCUUGGCACUCAAGGCAAAGACUUUACAUCAGAAUAACAAACGUUGUCCUCCCCAGAAAGUCCUUUUUUUCAUACUGUAGUCACGUUAAGACAUUUUGUCUCUGAGACAAGGAAGGAAUGGUGGGUUCUCUUCAAGCCAUAGGAUGAUGUUUAACAAGCCAGUUGGUUUAACCUGGUUCCAAGCUGUUAAAAAAAAAAAAGUGGAAGAAAACAAUCUCAACCAGAUUGUCCUAUUUCCCCUUUAUUCCUUCCCGCCUCCCCUACCCAAACCCAAACCUGCUGUAGCAGACAGACCAAGGAAUGUGUUGCUUGCUCGAGAGGGUUUCUUCUGCUUUAAAAUCUUUCUUCAGGGAGCAAGACAUGAAUUAACUAACUGGUAUCGAUCACUUAUACCGCUCACGUAAAUGAAUUUAUGAUGUUUAACCAGUUUUUAUAAACUUCAUCUAGGUCUCUCAGAAGGCAGACUUUUUAAUGCAUAUGUAGAUACCAGGCAGUCACGCCUCUGGCCUUGGUCCGUCAGGGAGGGAACUGUUAUCUUGCCAAGCCUGGUUGUAAUUUGUAACCAUUUUCUAUUUGUGCAAACUCUGUAAAUAUGUGUUUAAAAAAAUGUAAUAUUUUGUAUAAGAUACACUGGAGAACAAAGGGAACUCAAGAUUUUUCCACAGCCCAUGUCACCUGUGAGCAGAAGUUACUUCUGCAGAGGACAGCUGCCCAUCCCAGCUCCUGCCACGGGCUCGGCUCCGUGGCUCCUGCAGACUGGACGUGCCGACUGUAUGGGGUAGAUUGAUCCUGGGAUUUUUUUUUUUUCCUGUUUUGCUGUACAAAUUUGUUAAAAAAAAAUAAGCAACUCAUUGAAUUACCUUGCAGUGGUGUGCGUUUGAUUCUUUUUUAGACUGGCUUCAGCAUUGUGCGGUUUAAAAUAAGUCACUUAAACUUAGAUAAAUCUUGGACUGUGUACAUGAUAGCUUGGAGUACAUUUUCUCCAUGGUGAAAAAGAUGGGGGUGGGUGUGAGUGUGGUGGGCUUGGAGGAGCCCGUCUAAAGGAGACCCAUGGCUCGUUGAAGAUAAAGUUUAGCCAGCAAUGUCCAUCGGGUGUUUCCCCUCCUUGCCCCACCAGGUGGCAGCUGAGCUUCCCCUGGCUAUCCCCAGUGAAUGUCUCAAAUAGCCAGGCUUCCAAAAUUGUUUGGCUGUGCAUUCUUAAUAGGUCUGUGAAGUUUUUAAUCUACUGUAUUGGUAGGAGGGAUGUAAAAAAUGCAUCUAUCUGCAUGGUGAGAGCAGAACAAAGUCUUCACUUAACGGUCCCUCCUCUUAAAGGCAGGCUCUGACCCUUUGGCCCAGGCCUCCGGGGGUCUCUAGAGAGCAGCGAUAGCCUGAGGGUCCUUCAUGCUAAAGGCAUCCUCCCACAGAGCUGCAGCCACUCUCCCUGCUGCUUAAAAGCCUCAGUUUCCCUCAUCUGGAGGAUCAGAUAAUGGUACCCACCCCAUAAGGUGAUGAAGUGAAAUCGUGGAAGUGUCCUCUGCUUGUGUGGAGAUUGGCCCACAGCCUGCUCUUAUGUGGUCUUAGCUGCUAGGAGCCCUAAGUCCCGCUGGUCAUUGACUUUGGCUAAGUCUUGUUACACCCAGGUUGAAGCUUUUUCUGUACAACUCGGCUUUGCUGGAGCAGAAAAAGGUGUUUGGGAGCCUUCAAACUAGUGUGGGGAGAACUCGCAAAGCUUGGUGUCCAGAUUUGUCCUUUAUCUUUGGGAGCCAUUGAGGGGUUUUAAACAGAGGGAACCACAGGAUUCUGGUGCAGGGAGGAGGAUGGGUGAGGUGGAUGGUGGAUCAAAGCCAGGAUGGUCCAGAUGAGAGAGGGGCUUCCUCUGGGGUGGUCCUGGGGCAGCAAGUGAUAGGGUCAGGAUCCUUGGGUAAAACUCCCCGGGCUGGCGGGGGAGGGCGGUGAGGAUGAGGAAGUGGGCUGCUGCUGGUGUCUCGGGUCUUACAGUGUUAGCCUUCAAGGAUGGGUCCGUUAAACAAGGUUUUGUGUAUACGGGAGGAAAAGCGAGUUGAGGUUGGUGAAGGGCACAUACUCUUUGAAUAAACUCUGUCUCAGAUUGUUGUGGGCCUUCGGUUAUUCCAGAGUUCUGAAAAGGUUGAUUUGGACCAUUUUGCCAGUAAUCUUGUUGCUUUGACGGAGGAGCAGAUUCAUGGAAGUCUAGCCCCACCAUUCUGGAUGUUGGCCCUCCGGGUGAACACAUUUUAGACAUGUUCUUUGAAUUACCUGUGGGCCAUGCAGGGGACAGCUUGCGGGUGGUUUGAAAACUCGUGGGAGAAGCUGGUGCUGGAGAGAUUUGGUGAUCUGUCCAGGCGCAGGAGAGAGAGGUGGGAUGCUGGACGUAGGGGGGCUUCCAACCUGUGCUCAUCCGGGUGUUUGUGUCGACUACUUCCCCUCUGGUCCUUGGGGCCCUGCUAGGUACGAGAGGAGUGGCCGGUCCUCAUAGGGUGCCAGCGUGGAGGCUGGGUUUUGGAGCUACUGCGACACCUCAUACAACCUCAGUGAUGCCACUUAGAGGCAUCAUCUAGCCAUUAUGGGCCUGAGAUAGAACAAGAUUAAUAGCUAGAGUUCUGGAGAGCUCACUGUGUCCAACGCCAUGCUGUUUAACAGGUAAUACUUGGUCCUCAUGACACCCAAGAGGGGAAGGGAUUGAUGCCGGACGUGGAAGAUGGUGAUGUUAGAAGGUGGUUUUGGGUGGAGUGGAGCUGAGACUCGGAGCUGGGCUGCUGUCUGUGCUGGGUUCUCUUAACCACGGCUCCCCUGAAGUAGCCUGGGGGUGAUUGUGCCUCAUUCCUCAUCCCCAAAUAAAUGCCACGGUGGUUAAAUGAUCAGCCCGUAGGAAAGUUUUGAACUGAGAAUGGGAAAAACACUAUCACAGGAGAGAUUAAUUACUUUGCGUAUAUAAAAGCUAAAAUUUAAGGAAUGUAAACAAAGCCGGGAGAAACUUGUAGGAUCUAGACUGAAGAGUGAGCAUUUUAAAAUCUGUGAUGGAAUAAAAGGAAAACGAAGUCUCCGUUGGAAGGUGUCAAAAGGUAUGAACAAAAAAUAGAAAGUCUGGAUUGUUUCUAAAUCAGCGCUGUCCUAUAGAAAUACAGUAUGAGCCAUGUGUGUAAUUUAAAAUUUUCUAGGAGCCUCAAUAAAAAGGAGAAAGAAACAGGUGAAAUUAAUUUUGAUAAUUGUUUAACCCAGUAUCUCAUUUCAGCAUGUAAUGGACAUUAGAAAUAUUACUGAGAUAUUUUACAGUAUUUUCAUACUAAGUCUUUGGAAUCUCAUGUGCAUAUUUUAUACUUCCGGCCUGUCUCUUCAGACUAACCGCAGCUCAGGUGCUCAACAGCCGCAGGUGGCUCAGGAGGGGAUGCCACACUGGCCGGCGUGGGACUAGGCUACCCCAUGGAUCACCACACCCAAACCAACAGCCUUACAUCUAUGUUCUUAUCUUAUCAAAAAGUUCUAGGUUCUCUUGCACAAUUGUUUUUCCAGAUGAACUUGAGAAUGAUUUUGGGGGGAGGGGAUCAUGGCAGAUGUUCUAUCAACAAUUUAAAAUAAUGCAUAUUAUUGGUUUGGUAUAAAGUUUUAUGUAAUCUAUUAAAUUGGGCUUGUGAAGUAUUAAAAUCUCUUGUUUUUCUUUCUUGCCCUCUCCCUCGUUUUUUUGGUCUGUAUUAUCUGUCCAUUUCUAAGAAAAGUACAUUAAAUGAUUCUGGUAUUGUCACGUUU